UUGCAGUUCCUGAAUAUUGUUGGACAGGAUGAAGCACGUUGUUUGACGCUGAAUGUUUUCUCUCCACGAUGGGCUCAAGAUAGCAAGGAGAGACUGGCUGUCAUGGUGUGGAUUCACGGCGGAGGAUUCUCCAUACAUUCAAGUAGCAACUAUGGUGACACGUCCAUAGCCAGGAAUCUUUGCGCCAAGGACGUUAUCGUCGUUUCUGUCAAUUAUCGCCUUGGUCCGCUCGGGUUCUUCACCACUGGCGAUGACGUACGGCGAGGAUAUAUGGGACUCUGGGACCAGACUCUUGCUUUACGUUGGGUACACGACAACAUUUCGGCGUUCGGAGGAGAUCCAGGAAAUGUGACGGUGUUCGGCCAGAGUGCCGGAGGAGCCAGUGCAGAUCUGCUCGCUAUCAGCCCUCAUUCAAGAGAUCUGUUCCACCGAGUGAUUCCGAUGGCGGGUUGCGGUGAGUGCGACUUUGCGAUGCGCACUAGCGAAGCGCAAGCCACACUGGGCCGAGAGUAUGCGAGGUAUCUGGGUUGGACUGGAGCAGAUGACGAUACAAAAGGUCUUAUGCAUUUUAUGGAAGCUCAGCCAUCUUCUCGUGUUGGGAUGGGGGUACAUCCAAAGAAGGGAUUCCGCUCUUCAAUAUCUGGUAACCUGCUAUUUGUGCCAAAUUUCGAUGGGGAUUUCUUCCCGAAACCGAUGAGUGAGCUAAGACGUGAAAGUCCACGAAAAACCAUUAUGACUGGCACUACCCAACAUGAGGGACUCUUCUUUGUUGCUCUCGGUGGCUUGCUAAAACCAAAGAAGGGUUUGGGCGAUUCUGCAGGAGCGUCAUUAAAGAGUGCGACUACGAGGCACGAUGUGGAGGAAUUGUCGGCGAGUUUGAUGGGUGAUUACGCAAUCAACGUUGGAGUGCUACAGUAUGCUAGGAAAAUGUCCGAAUGCGGUAAUAACGUGUAUUUUUACUGUUUCGACUAUUUCAACCCGGACGGAUUCGGCUUUUUGAGGUUUAUGUUGCCAUAUAAAGGUUCUACUCACUGCUCUGAACUGCGAUAUGUUCUUGGAAAGGGGAUAUUCUCAAAGUUCAAGCCGAAUCACGAAGAUCUGAAAAUGCUCGAUAUCAUGACCGCAUACUUCACUAAUUUUGCCAAAUACGGGAAUCCUAACGGUGAUCAAUCUUCCUCUGAAAACGGAUCACUAUGGGAGCUUUACGAUCCUACACAACCAUAUCGUCAUUUACAUAUCCAAUUACCGACACCUGUGAUGGCUGAUGACUAUCAGAAGAGACGCAUGGAGCUAUGGGACAAAAUUUUGCAGAAAAAUCGGUCUAGAGCCAGGCUCUAA